GAGACUUACUCUGCUUGUUUGGUGAGUGUCAGCUGACCUCACUGGGAAAAUUUGUUAACGAAACUGUACGAAACUAUCCACAGCCAUGUCCCGUGUCGGCGAUCUGUUUAUUGAUCGAUUACAGCGUGUAUGACAGCGAGUAAAGCAUGUGCUGAAGACAGAUUCUUUGUCAAAUAUUUUAUAUCAGUUGUACCCUUGAAUCGGAGUCUACUGAGUCGCGUCCGACACCAUGCUAGCCACAGUGACUGCUGUGGUUAGGUUUGCUCAAUACAAUGGCAGUAUUUCACCUACACCAUUGGAGAACACAUCAACAUUCCCAACGUGGCAACCUGAUACUGAAGCCAACAUCACCAAGCCUCACAAAUGUUUGCAAGUUCUGUACGAGGACAUUGGAGACUCCAGGGUACGGUUCUGGGACAUUUUACUGCUUGUGCCUAAUGUGGCCUUCUUUGUAUUCCUGAUGUGGAAGCUGCCCUCGGCCAGGGCAAAGAUUCGACUCACCUCCAGCCCCAUCUUCGUCACCUUUUACUUGCUGGUGUUUGUUGUAGCAGCGGUUGGAAUCACCCGGGCCGUAGUGUCCAUGACUGUCAGCGCGUCCAGUGCUGCCACCAUAAUUGACAAAGUGCUGUGGGAAAUCACCCGCUUCUUCUUGCUGGCUAUUGAGCUCAGUGUUGUUAUCUUGGGACUGGCUUUUGGUCACCUGGAGAGCAAGUCCAGUAUAAAGCGAGUGCUGGCUAUCACUGCAGUGCUGGCUCUGGGCUACUCUAUCACACAGGGCACACUAGAGAUCCUGUAUCCAGACAGUCACCUGUCCGCUGAGGACUUUAACAUCUACGGUCACGGAGGACGGCACUUCUGGUUGGCCAGUUCCUGCUUCUUCUUUCUGGUGUACUCUUUGAUUGUGAUCUUGCCUAAAACUCCAGUGAGGGAAAGAAUAUCUCUUCCAUCUAAGAGGAGUUUCUAUGUGUAUGCUGCCAUCCUGUCUUUACUGAACCUCAUCCAGGGCCUGGGAAGUGCUCUGCUAUGUGCUGGAAUCAUUGAGGGACUCUGCUGUGUGGAUGUCACCACCUUCUUGUACUUCUCCACCUUUGCUCCCCUCAUUUAUGUCACGUUCCUCAAGGGCUUCUUUGGUUCAGAGCCCAAGAUCCUGUUCUCCUACAAGUCACAGGUGGAUGAGCCGGAUGAAAGCGACGUCCACCUUCCACCCACCAUCGCUACGACCCUUGGCCGUAAGGAGCUGACUGACCAAGGCCUGUUUUACUCCUCCACCCAGAUCGAUGGCUCUGGUCCCGGCAGCUCUCGUAUGGUUGGAGCAUACCUGGAUGAUGUUGCCUCCGGACCCUAUGGGUCCAGCAGCAUUAACAGCACUGAAGCUGAUCGCUGGAGACCUAUCAAUGCGUGAAUGAAUGGAAGAAGAGAGGUGGUUAUACAGCUGGACUUAAAUGUUGUGCGUGUGUAGUGUGUAAUUUUGGGUGGCGAUCCGAGGAGUUGGCCAAAAAAAAAAAGCAGAACAAAGUUGUUGGACACCAUGAACGGGUAAUCUUGGUCAUGCUUUGACGCCAGGAUAAGUUACCAAGUGGACACUUAAGGAGAGACCUUUGCUAGCCAAUUAUCUGGAGGACUGUGAAUUUAGCAACUGCUUUUGUAACACUGUUGCCAGAGUGCACUGCUGCUGUAGCUCCACACUAGGAGUACUGUCUGUGAUUGUGGCCCCGACAGACUCUUUACUAUUGAUUCUGUUCAACCGGCUCCUUUUCUGUAAUUCCAGCAUCAUGCAUCAACUGCUCAAUCCUCAAUAAUGAAGUUUUAACCCCAUUUUAACUAACCAAGUCUUUAAAGAUCUAACAUUCUUUUGAUGGCUACUCAACAUCGGUACAUUCCCACUAAAAGCUUUGAGUAACAGCCUCUCAACUGACUUUAUUAUAUGUUGCCUUGGAUUAGAUUCACGACCCAACUGGCUAAUACUUUUUUUUACUGAAUCACCAUGCCUCUAGGGCAAGGACCAGUGCUAACUCAUUUUGAUAGGCGUACUUUGUCUUCUGAAAAAGGCACUGUCCGUCCUGUGAACAAGUGAAACGUGUUGGCGUGAUGUGUGUCACUGGAAUAUGAUAAGGAAAUCAGUAACUGCUAAAUACAGGCAUUGCAAUUACGCUAAAGAUCACAAACCAUAUGUAACGCUCUCACACAAGGGCAAAUCACAAAUUGUCUCAGCUAUUAGCUCGCUCUCUUUUGUUAAUUUUGGGCUUUUGCUUUAAUUUCUUAUACCAGAUUAAUCAUUCCUGCUACUGAAAGCACAUUUGUUAGCUUCAUAGUCAUUAAGGACACGUUAUUACGUUUGAAUUUGAUUUGAACAACAAAUGUGCAGAAACCUUUUUUGUGGAGUCCAAAUAGACAUGCCCUCAUUCCAUAUCAGCAUAUCUAGUUAAGCUCUGCUUGGCGCAAAAGGGUUGUUGUUGCAAAGUUUUUCUUUUUCUGCCCAUCUUUUUUCCUGUGUUCAUAUUUUCCACAAAUGUUAUUACAAGUGCUCAAAUUAGACCAUAAACAAUAUUGCUCAGUUUUAUGGUAUCAAAUGAUGGUAUUGAUAUAGUUUAAUUCUAUAGAUAUUAACUAGAUCUUAAGAGAGGCUCAGGCAGUUGGUAUGUCACAGAUGGGUGAAAUCAGUUCUUGUCAUACCUCUUAGUAUUACUAAAAUAUCAUACUUUAUUCUUUUUAAACCACCACACAUCACAUUUACUUAUUCCUACCAAGGAAAUAUGAUGCAUGUGAGUUUCCCCAUGAAAAUGCUUUAUGUUUGGUAUGAAUGGAUUACAGUAUUUAAGCUAGCAGUAAUCAUAGAUAGUGGUGACCUCAAUGCAGAAAAUACAUUUAUUUUUUCAUCAUUUUAAAGCAACAACGCAAUAAGGAAGUUGUGAAUUUCCAAGAAAUUACAGUAUUCUCCUCCUGACUAGAAAUAUAUAUUUAAGUUUGAUUGCCACUGAUAACGGCUGUAUAACUUGGCGUUAAGAAUAGUGAUUGUGAAAUCAGUUUGCUGAUUCAUGACAUUAGUUGACAAGGUGCAUCAUUAUGGAAGUCCUCUCUCUUGAUAGACAAUAUUUUUGAUGUUAAAUCAUUUUGCAAAUGAACUGUAAAUUGCCUUUUUAUUUAAGUGCAUUGAUUGUAUAAUAUUCAGUCCAUAUUAAUGCAAUGUAUUGAGCAUUCCGUGACCUACAGAAUAAACCCUGGACUUUCA